UUAUCUUAAAUGCUAUAGUUCUGGCAGUGGGCUCGCGGUAUCGCUUCCUAACUAGUUUUACAGAAACCCUCGUUCGGCGAUACCGGCGAGUUUUAUCCUCUCACAUCCGUCUUCUCUUCCGCACUUCUCUCUCCUCCUCCUCCUCCCCAUUUUUAAGGCCACAAAGCCUGCCCAUGGCAGUGGUCUCUCUGCCUUCCGCCAAUCCUCCGUCUUUACGCCUUCUAAGCUCCGACCCCAAGCCUCCUGCGAGCGUGUCUACUAAAGUUUUCGUGGGGUUGCGGCCCCAGUCCUCUUCAGGUUCUCUUGGGUCUGGAUUACCAAAUGUUUGUGCUGGUUUUCACAGUAAGGUCCAUCAGAGCCUCUCAUUGAGGCCGUCAAACAGGAAAGCUACAUGUGGGCGUAUAUCUAUGAUGCCUAUUGGUACACCAAGAGUGCCAUAUAGAACUCCUGGUGAAGGAACUUGGCAGUGGGUUGACCUGUGGAAUGCCUUAUAUCGAGAACGAGUUAUCUUUAUUGGGCAACAUAUUGAUGAAGAGUUUAGCAACCAAGUGUUGGCAACGAUGCUCUACCUUGAUAGUAUCGAGUCUUCAAAAAAGUUGUAUUUGUACAUCAAUGGUCCAGGAGGAGAUCUUACACCAAGCAUGGCUAUCUAUGACACCAUGCAAAGUUUGAAAAGUGCAGUCGCCACCCAGUGUGUUGGCUAUGCAUAUAACCUAGCAGGAUUUCUUCUCGCAGCUGGAGAGAAGGGUAGCCGUGUUGCUAUGCCUCUUUCUCGGAUUGCACUGCAGUCGCCUGCUGGAGCAGCUCGUGGCCAGGCUGAUGAUAUUCGUAAUGAAGCAAAUGAGCUACUUCGAAUUCGAGACUACCUAUUUGGUGAAUUGGCAAAGAAGACUGGUCAACCUGUUGAAAAAAUCAACAAGGAUCUGAGCCGGUUGAAACGAUUCACAGCUCAAGAAGCCCUAGAUUAUGGACUUAUUGACCGCAUUCUACGACCUGCUCGUAUCAAGGCCGAUGCCCCGCGCAAAGAGAAAGCCGGGGCAGGGCUUGGCUAGUUUAGUUUUUUGCUGCUGCAUAAGCUCUCUUGAUUCAGAUAAUGUUACUACUCUGUGCCAGCGCCACCCGACGCCGUCGAUGAACUUGUGAGAGACAGCAUGUUUUACUUGCAUGUAAUUUGUUACUUCAUGUCCUUUGACUAGUUUAGGAAUGUGAGAUUCUUGAUGCUGUAAUAGGGGGCCAUUUAUGAGGUUAUAAUUUACUGCAAUUGCAUUUGUAACCAUACGAGAGGCCUUUAGUUUCUUUUUUGCCUAUCUAGGCUUUAUCUCCCAUCCUUAUUUUAGGAUUUGCUAGAGUAAUUAUUAUGGAAGAAUCUUGGUACA